AUGGCCUCUCUGACUUCAGCAUCAGCCGCUGCUACCAGCACGCAGCGAGCUCCUUCGCAAGCAGGUAUCAUAGAUGGCUCCAAUCCAACGGUGUACAAUCCGAAGGAUCCCAUCACUAUCUUCAUCAUCCAAGCCGGCAUUAUCAUAAUCUUCUGUCGCCUCCUCCACUGGCCUCUGGCAAAGCUGCGCCAGCCCCGUGUCAUCGCCGAGGUCAUCGGUGGCAUCCUGCUCGGUCCCUCCGUCAUGGGUCGCAUUCCCCACUUCACCUCUACGAUUUUCCCGCCUGCGUCCAUGCCGAACCUCACCCUUGUCGCCAACCUCGGCCUCGUCCUUUUCCUCUUCCUUGUCGGCCUGGAGGUGGAUUUGCGAGUCCUUGUCAGUAAUUGGAGGGUAGCGCUUAGUGUGGGUUUGGCCAGCAUGGCCUUGCCAUUUGGCUUGGGCGCUGCGAUAUCGUAUGGUCUAUAUCACCAGUUUCGGAUGGAGGCCGACAUCAAACCAACAUCCUUUGGGGUAUACUGCCUCUUCAUCGCAGUGGCCAUGUCGAUUACUGCUUUCCCUGUACUAUGCAGAAUCCUCACUGAGCUCAAGUUGCUUAUGACACCAGUUGGCGUCAUUGUUCUCUCGGCUGGUGUCGGCAACGACGUUGUAGGCUGGAUCCUUCUUGCGCUCUGUGUCGCGCUUGUUAACGCCGGUAGUGGUCUCACAGCACUCUGGGUUUUACUGAUUUGCAUUGGCUACACUCUGUUCCUCGCCUAUGCCGUACGUCCCGCGUUCCUCUGGCUUCUCCGACGGACGCGUACCCUCCAAGACGGGCCUAGUCAAGGCAUUAUCGUCCUGACGCUCCUGAUGGUGCUGACCUCCGCGUUCUUCACCGGCGUCAUCGGCGUCCACCCCAUUUUUGGCGCGUUCAUGAUCGGGUUGAUUUGUCCGCACGAAGGCGGCUUCGCCAUCAAGGUCACCGAGAAGGUGGAAGAUAUCGUCAGCUCCCUCUUCCUGCCGCUGUACUUUGCGUACUCUGGCCUGAACACCAACCUGGGGCUUUUGGAUAAUGGCAUCACUUGGGCAUAUGUCAUUGGAGUUACAGCGGUUGCUUUCUGCGCCAAGUUCACAGGAGCCGGUCUGGCAGCUCGCGCGAACGGCCUUGUCUGGCGCGAGUGCUUUGCCAUCGGCGCCCUAAUGAGCUGCAAGGGCUUGGUUGAGCUUAUCGUCUUGAAUAUCGGGCUCCAAGCUCAGAUCCUCAGUCAGACCACCUUCACGAUUUUUGUGGUCAUGGCUCUGAUUACGACCUUUGUCACGACUCCGCUAACCUCGUGGCUCUACCCUCCUCAUUACCGACGGAAAUUAGAAGCAUGGCGACGCAACGAAAUCGACUGGGAGACUGGCGCCCCCAUCAACGGUCAUGAUGCAGACUCCGAAGUGGCCGUCCCGUACGAAAAGUUGCAGGGCGGCAAAGUCGAAAGACUAUUGGUGUACCUCCGCCUGGACAAUAUGUCUGCCUUGUUGCCCUUCGUAUCCCUCUUUGGCGGUAAAUCCGACCAUAGCUACACCAAGGUGCAUCCCUCUCGUGCGGGUACGGUUGGCAACGAGGUGACCUCGUCGGACCAACACCGGCGCCCGGUCGCGAUCAAAGCGCAUGGUGUGCGCCUCCUCGAACUGACAGACCGUGACUCCUCCGUCAUGAAGGUUUCCGAAGUGGACUCGGUCGGUGCGCGCGAUCCGGUGGUCGGCACGUUCCGCACAUUUGGAUACUUGAACAACCUUGCUGUGUCAGGAGAGGUCGACGUCGUCCCGGAAAACUCCUUCUCCGACGUCUUGGUCUCGAGGGCUGCGGAUGUCUCUGCAGACUUGAUUAUCCUUCCCUGGAGCGAGACGGGGAGUAUGUCCGAGUCAGCCGUCAUAUCUGGUGAUGCUCUGCGCCACAAGCUCAGCUCGGACAACUACAACAGUUUUGUCGCCUCUGUACUGGAUAAGGCUAACUGUAGUACGGCCGUCUUCGUGAACGAGGACUUCGGCGGGUCGGGAACCGUUGACCGCCGAAAGCUCCAGCGAUCCAUUAGCCAUGCAAGCCUGCGCAGCACGCGCGAUCAGGGUAUCUCAGCGGUUGCGCCGAGCGCCAGCCCCAAUCAUCACAUAUUCUUGCCCUUCUUUGGAGGCGCUGACGACCGCGCUGCCCUGCGUCUCGUCUUGCAACUUGCCGAGAACCCAUACGUGAUGGCGACGAUCGUUUACUUUGCCACACCUGAAGAACAUGGCGAUUCGUCAUCCAGCGCAGUCGAGUAUCUGCCGAGCCUCGGCCAUAGCGGUAUUGUGCCAACUGGGGAAGCUACCGCGACUUUCUUCGAUUCUGUGCGAAAUGCCGUGCCUGGAGACCUCGCCGCUCGCGUCCUUUUUGACAGGGCCCAGACCAGCACGCCUCUCUCGGCUGCGAUCGAGUACGCACGGAAGGAGGUUGGUCGGAACUCACGUAAUGCGGGGGACCUGGUUGUUAUAGGCCGGAAUCUCAGCAGCGUUGCGAUGUUUGCUCAGGAAGAUGUGGCGGGCGAAAGUAAUGUGGAGGCCCAGAGAUGUUUGGGAGUCGUGGCGGAGGUGAUGGUGCGGAGCAAGGUCAAGGCGAGCCUGCUUGUUGUACAGGCAGGCCGGUCGAGUGGUGGACAGUGAGUAGUUGCUCCCUCGUAUAUACUAGUAGUCGCCAGUGAGCUUGCUUUUAUGACCUUACGACCUGUGUAAUAGUAUCUACACUUGAGUGUGAUGUAUAUUUCUACUUAAUACUAUUCAUGACCAGGA